GAACAAGAAGAGCAGUGGCUUGAAAGCAGUAGUUUAUUAAACUUGCCUAAAAUGUCUUCUUCUGAUCUACUAUGGUCAAAAGUGAACAAAAGUGGCUCUGGUAUCAAACCUUUGUCCAAUUAAUCAGGUUCAUAGUCUGCUUAAAUAACCACCGUCUGCAUUUGUACAACUUUUAUUAGAUUGGAAAGCUUCCAAUGAGCUUCUGGCCUGAAAAGACAGGUCAGGGUCAGUAAUGAAUCACUUACCACAGGAACAGCUUUAAAUAAACAUGUGACAUCAUAAUCAACAAACAUCAUGAGCUUCCAGAGCCCAACAGGACAGAGAGCAGCUUCUACUCGUCUUCACUCUAAGUGAGCGAUGAGGGACGGAAUCCAGUCUUCAUUAAAGACUUAUCAGUCUUAUUAAGUGAAUAUCUUAAAGAAAGUUUAAUUGCUUUAUUAAUAUUGUUUUACUGUCCUGGGAAAAGAAGAUUUAUUUUAAGAUGGUUCCUUGGUGGGAGUAACUUCAGCUGAGACUCAAGCAGAAAAGUGCCGAAACGCAUUAAAAAAUAUUAAAAUCAAGUGAAUAAAAAUGGGUUUUAAGAUGAGACUUAUAACCCUUCACACUUGGGGCCUGUCUGAUGUGGAGAGUGAGUUUAUUCCACAGCCUUGGUCACCUCUGCUUUUGAACCUGAACUCAGGAACCUCAAGAAGCAGCUGGUCAGUAGAUCUGAGUGGCCAAACGGGAGAGUAUGGGUGUAGUAGUUCAAAAAUAUAAGGCAGCUAAAAUAAAUGUAAUGAAGUAAUGAAGCUUGUGGUGAGGCAUUAUUUUAACAUGUCACAGAAUCAAGCACAACCCUCCCCCAGACAUCACGGCACCCUGCCACAAUAAGAUGUCAGGCAACUAAAGCAAAUAAAGCAGUCACACUGGUGAGCUGAGAUGAAUAAUGAACAUACAGGUCAUCUACCAGUGAAACCAGUGACGACUAGGAUGUUCAAGGCCUAAUUUGGCUCUUUGUGGUUACUUUUCAUAUACAUCAUGAGAAGAACCUCCUUCUGUACCUGAGCUUUACUCCGUAUCUGUCCCUGAGGAUCUACAGGUAGAGCUGGACUCCAGGUCCAAAGGAGCAAAGUCCAGGACUGAGUGUUGUGCUGUUGUUGCUGCAUCGGCAUCAUCACAGCUUUUCACGGGUUAACAACAGAGACAGAGACUCUGAGUGCAGCUCCCCUCACAAAUCUAACACUUCAGUGUUUCAGUCAAACACAUCACGUUCAUAAGUAUCAAAACAGAAAUCUGAAGUUGAACAAAUGUAAACAAACACAAGCUUUAGGCAUGUACACUUUUAUUAUAGCUACAUUACAAAUAAUAUAGAAUUACAGUCAGUUUAAAAUGAAGGCAAUGAAAUGAAAAGUCAAAGCUGCUGCUCAGCUUUGAGGUUUUAUGGUUCGAGAUGUGGUCCAGGACUUUGGAUCCAGUCGUAGCAGGCGACGUGCAGCCUGUCUCUGAUAAGAAGGAGCUAAAGUCUUCAUCUCAGGAGAAACUGCUGAUGAACGUCUCUGCUUUUCAGUGACGCACACAUUAAGUCAGUAACAAAGACAGACUCUGCUGUUUAAAAUGAGGAAUCUUUACUUUUUUUUAAAACAUCUUUCAGCUCAGACGUGGGAAGUUUUCAGACUCAUGCUGUUUCAGUUGUGGCCACAGGUCAACAGGAGAUCAUAAGACGUGAACAAGGAGAUGAACAAGCAGUGACACAGCGUGACGUGGAGUGACAGACGUUACAGGAAUCUGUCCAGCAGGGCAGAUACCGAAGGACUUUACCCUGAGACAUGACUAUAAAACUGUGGAUCCAACCUCUGCACAGCACAAGUCACCAGACACGGAGCUGAAGACACGAGCUGCCUCUCAAAGCAACCAACAACAAAUCCAGCCAUGAAGGUUCUUGUGGUUCUCGCGCUCGCUGUUUUCUCUGGCUGCAACGCCAACCUGCUGUGGCAGGACGCUCCCAAGAGCAACAUGGACACGGUGAGGGAGGCCUUCUGGAACUACGUGGGUAAAGCCACCAUGACCGCUGAGGAGUCCCUGCAGCAGAUCAGAGAGUCUGAGCUGGGCCAGGAAAUCAAUGCCAAGAUCUCUCAGAGCGCCGACACCGUGAACCAGUACAUUGUUGCCCUGCGUGGCCAGGUGGCUCCUCUGACCCAGGACUUCCUCACCCAGUUCUCCCAGCAGACCGAGCAUCUGAAAGCUCGUAUGGAGCAGGACCUGACCACCGUGAGCACCAGCGUGCAGCCUUACGCCCAGCAGCUGGUGGCGAGCCUCGACAAGCAGGUGGAGGAGCUCAAGAGGGAAGCGGCCUCCUACGCAGAGUCCAUGGACCCAGAGGCCCUGAAGGCGGUUCUGCUGCAGAAGAGCCAGGAGCUGAAGGGGCAGGUGGAGAAGAGCGUGAGCGAGCUGCAGACCCAGAUGGUUCCCUACACCGACGACAUGAAGCAGAAGCUGGAGCAGAGCCUGGAGGAGUUUCAGAACAGCGUGAUCCCCCUGACCCAAAGCUUUGAGGCCCAACUGACCCAGAAAUCCCAGGAGAUCCAGCAGAACCUGGCUCCCCUUGGAGAGGAGCUGAAGGCCAAGCUGGACGCCACCGCCCAGGAUGUGCAGGCUCAGCUGGCUGUUCUGUGGGAGUCCUUCACCAAGACCACCCAGUAAACGGACUGUUCCACCGAACCCGCACAGCUCCCCCAUCCUCCACACUCCAAAUAUUUAUUUGAAAUGUACCAAAAGUAUAUUUAAUUAAAUAAAACAACUGACAUGAUGAAA